CUCAAGUCACCGCGCAAAGGCGUAUCCAUGGCAACCUCAAGAGGAAGGACAGAAAAAUGAUGCUCCAGUGGCUGCAGCAGAAAAGGAUGUUCCGCCGGCAGCGUUCCAUCCCUCUCCGAGGCUCGGCUGCCGCCCUGAGCAACAACCUGAGUGUGCUGCAGCUGCCGGUCUGCAACCUCACACACUUUGGGGUCGUGCAUGGACCCAGCGCCCAGCUGCUCAGCGUUGCUCCUGAGGGUGUGCCCUUGGCCCAGCGCCAGCUCCACGCUAAGGAGGGAGCGGGAGUGAGCUCCCCACUUAUCACCCAGGUCCACUGGUGUGCCCUCCCCUUUCGAGUAUUGCUGGUGCUCACCUCACAUCGAGGAAUACAGAUGUAUGAGUCUGACGGCUCCGUCAUGGUCUAUUGGCACGCGCUGGACUCCAGAGAUGCCUCUCCAGUACAGGCGAUGUUUGCCCGAGGAAUUGCUUCCUGUGGCCAUUUCAUCUGUGUAGGAAUGUGGUCAGGCCGGGUACUGGUAUUUGACAUACCAGCCAAAGGUCCCAACAUUGUACUGAGUGAAGAGCUGGCGGGGCAUCCGACUUCAGUCACCGACAUCGCCAGCGAGCCUGCCCAGGAACAGGACCCAGCAGGGGAGAGAGGGAAGGGCUCACCCUGCCUUUCCCCUCAGGACUGCAUGGCUGAUGUUGUGACAGCAGACGACUCAGGCUUGCUUUGUGUCUGGCGGUCGGGUCCUGAAUUCAAAUUACUGACCCGAAUUCCCGGAUUUGGGGUCCCAUGCACUUCCGUGCAGCUGUGGAAGGGGAUCGCAGCAGUGGGCUACGGGAACGGGCAAGUGCGUCUGUAUGAGACCAGUACAGGAGCUCUACACGUCCAGAUCAACGCCCACGCCCGGGCCAUCUGUGCCCUGGACCUGGCUCCGGAGGUGGGCAAGCUACUUUCUGCAGCCGAGGACACCUUUGUACACAUCUGGAAGCUGAGCAAACGCACAGAGAGUGGCUGCACCGAGGUGGAACACUGUCACGGCGAGUGUGUGCCCGACACUCAGGUGUGUGGCGCCCGAUUCUGUGACCCCUCAGGCAGCUCCUUUGCUGUGACUGGCUACGACCUCGCUGAAAUCCUGACAUUCAGCAGUGAGUGAGAACAGAAAAGCCCUCCUUUCUCCCUGGGGUGUUUAUAAAGUGCCUCCUCCGCCUAGCCCGUGUCUAAUUACUCAGGAUC